GAGGUGAAGUAUUUUCAGUUUCCUGGAGAGCUGCUGAUGAGGAUGCUGAAGAUGCUGAUUUUGCCUCUCGUUGUAUCCAGUUUGAUGUCAGGUCUGGCUGCGCUGGACGCCAAGUGCUCGAGCCGUUUGGGCAUCAUGACCAUCUCCUACUAUCUGUGGACCACUUUUGUUGCUGUGGUGGUGGGRAUCCUCAUGGUCUACAUCAUACACCCCGGCGGCGCCGCCCAAAAGGAGGACUCUGAGGACAGCAAGAAGCCAAUGACCAGCUCUGCUGACGCUCUGCUGGACCUCAUUCGCAACAUGUUUCCAGCCAACUUAGUUCAAGCUACGUUUCAGCAGUAUCGAACGCAGCGAGUCUCAGAACUCAUCCCCAAACCCACAGUGGCUCAGCUCCAGGAUGAGACCACCACACGUCGGGUCUACAUCUACGGUGUCCAGGACGACAACGGCACAGACAUCCAGAACUUCUCCCUGGACCUGACGCCACCUCCUGACGUCAUCGUGAAAACGUCGCCUGGAACCAGCGAGGGCAUGAACGUGUUGGGGAUCGUCAUCUUCUCUGCUACCAUGGGAAUAAUGUUGGGAKGAAUGGGCCCCAAUGGAAGUGCGUUGGUCAACUUCUGCCAGAGCUUGAAUGAAGCCGUUCUGAAGAUUGUUGCCAUCGUCAUCUGGUACUUUCCUUUUGGUAUUGUGUUCCUGGUUGCCGGGAAGAUCUUAGAGAUGGACGACCCUUCAGCUAUGGGAAAGAAGUUGGGCUUUUAUGCCAUCACUGUGGUAAUGGGCUUGGUGCUUCAUGGCCUAUUUAUCCUCCCGGCCAUGUACUUCUUCAUUACCAAGAAGAGCCCUAUUGUGUACAUCAGAGGCAUUCUGCAGGCUCUGCUCAUCUCCUUGGCAACCUCCUCCAGCUCCGCCACGCUGCCUAUCACCUUUAAGUGCCUCCUGGAAAACAACCACAURGACAGACGCAUCAUCCGCUUCGUGCUGCCCGUCGGGGCCACCAUCAACAUGGACGGCACCGCGCUCUACGAGGCCGUGGCGGCCAUCUUCAUUGCCCAAGUGAACAAUUAUGAGCUGGACUUUGGGCAGAUCAUCACCAUCAGGGAUCGAUUCCGGACCAUGGUGAACGUGAUGGGGGACGCUCUGGCUACAGGCAUCAUGGCUCAUAUCUGCAGAAAAGAUUUUGUCAAAGAGGGGGAGCAGGUGCCUCUGAUCUGUGAAACYAAACCCAUGAUAAGCAUCCAGCAGAUGAUGACGUACCAGAACCAGAAGAACGGCUGCUACCAGCCCCCACCGGGCAGCAAGCAGGACCACCUCUCACCAGAAGUGGCCCGUCUGAUCCAGCUGGAGGAGGGCAUCCGGCCGGUGGAGAAGAAGAAGCACGCUCACCACGGGCCCCAUCACAAGCGAGAGCACAGAGACAAGGACCACUGUUCUGUGGACAUGAACGGACUGGAGACAAACGUAUAAAAGCAGCUGCAGGUCCUGGUCCACGCUGAUCCACGAGGAGACUCGUUAAAGAGCCGGGGAGACCUCUUUGUGGUCACGUGGUCCUCAAACACGUGAUCAACCUCGAGUGGACUUCUGCAAAGGAAAAAAACGACUUUUUUUUCUACAUAACAUGCACGAUGACCCACAUUUGGUGAUGUUUUGGUGUAAAUAUUUGUCAUUUUUAGCAGCAGCAGUGACUUUCUGCUGCUCUGAGGAACAUCUGAAAUCAGGAUCCUGAGGACUCAGUUUUUAAUGCAGUGGAGCCGGAGAACAGGAUAUAUAUAAGAUAUAUCAGAUUUAAUUAAAGCUCAUGUUUCUCUGUGGACUGAAGACAAACCAAAAAGCAUCAUAUAUUGAUKUUUUUAUUCUUAUCUCAUAUAUAUGUGGAAUGUUUUACCCUAUAAUCACAGGGUUUUUUUAAUCAGUCUUUCAUUAUUUUGUUCGUUUUCCUAAAGAUAAACAUAAAAUAAUCCUGCCGCUUAUAAGUUAACCUUUAGUCAGAGAACUAGUAAAACAUACGAACGUACUGAACUGUGCAUCAAAGCUUUAUUGCAACAGCUUCGAUCAACAUGCAUGACAGAUAUCUGUUAGUUGCUGAGGUUUAAAUUUCCUCGGACUGUUCCUCGCCGUCGUCUUCUCUGCCUUGUUGUCCUGAGUGGCUCCUCUGCCUCGACCCUGCAGUUCAAAGAGAAUGAAGACCUCCAGAAACAAGCAGGAGGUCCGGCUCCUCGGUCAUGUCAUGUUGUGUUUUGCACCCUGCUGUAUUUAUUCCCUCUUUGCCUUAAAGGAGAAGCAUUCAGGAAGCUGAACGAGCCGACACGACCGCACUCACUGACACCAAACGUUUCGGCCCACAGGCAGGGUGGGGAAAUGAAACCCUGACUUUAUUUCAGUGAUUAUGUCAGAUAAACAGAAAGUAGAGGUGGCUGCUGACGUGUUGUCAGUGGGACGUGGUGCCCACCGCCCCUGAUUCUAAAUCCAAGCUGGGUUCAUUGCAGCAGCUGAGCUGAUCUCAGACUGGACCACGAGACAGGAAGUAGACACGUGGUGAUAAACUGGAUCAGAGUGCUGAUGUCCCAGGAGGACAUGCAGACAAAUCUGGGCCAUCAGGGUCCAAAGCCUAACAAAUCUUUUAUAUCAUUGUAUUUUGUCAAAAUAUAAUGAUUAAARGAACGGGUAGAUUAAAUAAAAUAUCUGAAACAUCAUCAAUAAAUAAUUUUUUGAAGUCCUUUCUGAGCAGUAGCUGCUGAAAAAUUUAUUGUGAGCAGAAAAGCUUUACAUUUUGUUCAUUUUUUCCUGCAAACUGUUAAAGCUUUUUGUGUUUCCA